AUGUAUGGCUGGAAUCUGUCUCCUAUUCGUGAACAGUCGCUUGGGUGUGGUUAUAAUCACCUACACCGAUCACAUCAAUUUGUUUCUGUUCUGGUCGGUUUAUUGUCAUGGUGGGGAGCGGAUCUUGAUCCGGUGACACAAGUGGACGUUCUUCUUGCCACUGGAUUCAGUGUGGACUACACCGCUCAUGUUGCCUACCAGUUCUACCGAUCUCAUGGCUCAGCGCAGGAGGAGCUCACGGAGCGACUUACGAAUAGUUUGCGCGAAAUGGCAGCGCCCAUGGUGCAGGGCUGGCCUAUCCACGUUCCUGUGUAUGCUGCCACUAAUUUUCGUGCCCACAUACGCAAUCAACGCUUUUGCAAAGACAAUCUUCAUCGUUGUGGGCAUAGGUCUUAUACAUGGACUAUUCGUCCUACCGGUGCUGCUGUCCCUUUCAGUACGAUCAACGCCACCUCCGUCUGUCACUACCGCGGCAAAUUUGAACAGCAAUAG